CUCCAUGGCAACGGCGCGUGAGCGACCGAGCGGUGACUGAAUGAGUAACUGAAUGAUUGAGUGACCUCUCGCCCAGGGCUUGUUUUACAGUGCUGAGAUGCGCUUACUGAUAUUUCAAAGAUUUGGCAACAGUUUUAAGACCAAGGUAGCCUAGACAAAGUGAAGAUGAUGAAGACGUUUCAACAGGACACUACCCCUUCUCAAGAGCAAACUCAGAGUUCGUCUGGACAGAGAAUACUGUUUACAGGUCCAGACGGGGUUGGAGAUUUCCGUCCCAGGCUGGACUAUUUCCCCCGCAGCAUUGGAAUCGGCCCGUUAUCUCCAGAUGCCACGAGUGAUCUCAACUACCUCUUCCGGCCUGCACCGCGCGCGACCCCGCCGUCACCGAAACACUGCUUCGUCGGAGAAGUGGGCUGGGGUCUGCAGUACUCCACUGCACUCAACAGACGAACUGUCAUCAACAGCAAACAAUAUGAGCUUGACAGAUUUCAAUCAGCUGUGCUGGACGAAGUGACUCACAGCCCAUGGCAGAAUCAGUCUCAGUUUCACGACAAACAACUGACCUGCGGGAAGCUUGCUUGGAACCACAGCACACAUGAUGCCUACAGCAAGGAGGAAAAACAACAGUUCCCGCUUAACCAGUAAAGACAGUCAGUGCAUACCGAGAAAACACAACCAGAUGGCAUUCCUUUUUAUGGAUAUGGAUCAGGUCUGAAAUAUGAUGUGAGGCUUAAUAUGACAUGAUUCUUGAAUGCUAGUUUGUGAUCAUUAAACAGUUUAUUAUUCAUAUAACAUUUUGUCAACUCUUGUAAAACCACAUUAAAUGUCUUUUUUUGCUGCACUGUUCAUU